ACGAGUUCAAGUGGGCUACCUUCGCCAUUCCUGCAGAACUCGAACUGACAACCUGCAAUCAUGAUUCGCGUGCUGAUGUUUGCAUCCAUGGUUAUUCUUGGAUCAAGAGCCCUGAACUAUCAGUUCGACGAACUGACGAAAUACAUCGACAGCCACCAAGAGGAAUAUGUCGAGACUCUGCGGGAGUGGGUUGCGGUCGAGAGCGACUCCAGCGAUGUGCUGAAGAGAGCGGAGUUGGAGCGAAUGAUGGACAUGACUGCAGAGAAGCUGAGGAAGAUGGAGGGUAAGGUGGAGAUGGUGGACAUUGGACUCCAGGAGCUACCCAGUGGUGAAACCAUCCCUUUGCCCAAGGUAGUUACGGCCCAGUUUGGCAGUGAUCCUGGCAAGCAAACAGUCUGCAUCUAUGGUCACGUCGAUGUGCAGCCAGCUAAAAAGGAGGACGGCUGGGCAACAGAGCCCUACAACCUGACCGACAUCAAUGGAAACCUCUAUGGAAGAGGGGCAUCAGACAACAAGGCCCCUGUACUGGCCUGGAUCCACACAGUGGAGGCCUACCAAGCACUUGACAUUGACCUUCCUGUUAACGUGAAGUUCAUCAUCGAGGGAAUGGAGGAGACUGGAUCUAAUGGCCUGGACUCCAUGAUCGUCUCGCAGAACGACACCUUUUUCUCUGACGUGGAUUACAUCAUCAUCUCAGACUGUGGUUGGCUGAGCCGCAGGCCAGCCCUGACCUAUGGUACCAGAGGAAACUGCUACUUCUUUGCAGAGGUCGAGGGUCCCAAGCAGGACUUGCACUCCGGAGUUUAUGGGGGCACCGUGAUCGAACCAAUGACAGAUCUUAUAGGCAUUUUGGACACUCUGAUCAGCAGCAGUGGUGAGAUCCUUGUCCCUGGGAUCAGGGAGGCUGUGGCCCCGCUGUCAGAUGAGGAGUGGAAGAUGUAUCAGGACAUCGAGUUUGACAUGGAAAACUACAAGAAUAAGAUCGGUGUCAGCCGCCUCAUGUACAGCAACAAGGUAGAGCUGUUGGCCCACCGCUGGCGCUAUCCCACAGUAUCCAUCCAUGGCAUUGAAGGAGCCUUCUCGGCUUCUGGCUCAAAGACCGUCAUCCCUGCCAAGGUCAUCGCCAAGUUCUCCAUCCGCCAGGUGCCCGACAUGGACCCGGCGGUGGUCGAGAAACAGGUGACGGACCACCUGAAGGCCGCGUUCGCCAAAAGGAAGAGCCCCAACAAGCUGAAGGUGACCAUGAUCAUUGGGGCCAAGCCCUGGCUGGCGGACACCGGGCACCCUCUGUACAAGGCUGGGAGAGAAGCUGUGAGGGAAGUGUUCAAGGUGGAGCCAGACAUGAUCCGUGAAGGGGGCACGAUCCCCAUCGCCAGGACGUUCCAGGACGUGACGAAGAAGAGCAUCAUUAUGCUGCCCAUCGGGGGCUUUGACGAUGGGCUGCAUUCCCAGAAUGAGAAGAUGAGCAGGUACAAUUACAUUGAGGGAACCAAGCUGUUCGUGGCCUACCUCAACGAAGUUGGGAAGAUCCAGAAGAACUGAGGAGAUCCAGCUGAAGAACACUUCAUGUUCUUCAUGUUCAUGUUUAGUACCUACUGAGCUACCUAGCUUCUCCAAUCAUUCUUUUCAAUGCCACAGUCAUAAGGUGAGCAGCAGCAGAGCUUUCUGUGAAAUCCUUACUCUUGAGCAUUUAUUAAAAUAUUAUAUACACAAUAAAUAGCUUUAUAUAUUUUUCUACUACUUUUGUUUUGUACUGUUUUACAGUUUGACUUAAUGUGCCCCAUUCAUAAAUCCAUAGCAGUCUUUCACUCAACAUCCCUCUCACUCUUGCAGAAACAUGUGAAAUGAUUGUCUGGUCACUUCAUUUCAUGCCUGUAAAUUGCACUUGUUCUUGCUGCAUAUUUGUUCUCUGUGUCUGAUAUAGUGUCAGAGUGUGACACAUAAAUCCAUGCCUGUUUCUCUCCCGGCCUCUCUCUCCUUUCCUUUCUUUCUCCCUCCCUCUG